UUUAGAAAAGCCGAAUCCACAAUAACAAUAUGAGUCUCGGGGUGGCUGUACUGAUUCAUUUACUACUGUUGGUUGACAGGGCUUAUACUAAAAAAGGUGUCAAAUGUGGAGGAAUCCUCUCCGCUCCGUCGGGCAACAUUUCCAGUCCAAACUUCCCAGGCUUUUAUCCCUGCAACAUCGACUGUUCCUGGCUGAUCGUGGUGGCUGAGGGGUCCUCGGUGCUCCUCACCUUUCAUCACUUUGAGCUGGAGUACCACCCCAGCUGUGCUUAUGACCAUAUCAGAAUAUACAAUGGCAUAUCUGAGGACGAGGGGAACCUCCUUGGGAUAUUUUGCGGUGACAUUUGCCCACCUCAGUUCACCUCUUCUUGGAAUGUCAUGUCCAUUAUCUUCCAUUCAGACCGGCAUGUGGCCCACAGGGGCUUCAGCGUGGGCUACAGAAAAGACAUGUGCGGUGGAGUGUUGACUGGACUAUCAGGCGUAAUCUCCAGUCCAGGCUACCCUCAGGAGUACAGCAACAACGCAGACUGCUCCUGGACAAUCCACGUGUCGAACACGAGUGUUGUCACCUUGGUCUUCAUGGACUUCCAACUGGAGAACAACGAGGGAUGUAACUUUGAUUUUGUCGCCCUGUUCGAUGGUCCAACAGUGACCCAUCGUCAUCUCGGUAAAUACUGUGGGUCGGAUAAACCCCCAAACACAGUCACUACUGCUAAUCAGCUCCUAGUAGUCUUCAAGUCAGAUUUCAACAUUGGUGGACGAGGCUUCAAGGCUUACUUUUACUCAGGUGAAUGCCAGCAGGUCCUGUCCGACGUGAGCGGCAACUUCAGCAGCCCGCAUUUUCCUAACAUCUACCCAAACAACAUCAACUGCCACUGGAGCGUCACCCUGGAGGCCGGGUACCGCAUCAAGCUCUACUUUCCUGUCAUGGACCUGGAGGGCCGCAACAGCCUGUCAGACGAGUGCGACUACGACUCGGUGUCGGCGUACGACGGGGGCAGCACGGCGGACGCCCUGAUGGGACGCUGGUGCGGCAGGGAGCAGCCUCCUUCCCUCAUCUCAAAGGGCAACAAGCUGUUGGUGGUGCUCAGCACAGACAGAACCAAAGCUCACAGAGGAUUCACAGCUUCUUAUCUAGGAGUGGUGCCUGUCAACGUUAGCUGCACCAGAUCAGAGUUUACCAUCCUGAUCCCUCUGCAGUCCUUACCUCAGCUGGACCGAGAGCGGAUCUACCUUGGAAACCCAACGUGUGCAGCUCAGCUAACAGCCACCUCCUACAAAAUACUGGCUCAGUUUGUAAACUGUGGUACAGCCAGCCAGAAACACCGGAACAUCACCAUGCUGGUGAACAAGCUCUACAUCGAUUUCUCGGACGGGAAGCAGCAAAACGUGCAAGAAUACAGGGUGCAGUGCGAUGCCUUACGGAAGGUCGCGUCUGUGUCCAUCAUCUCUGCAGAGGAGCGUCGGCUGGAGGAGCAGGCCCAGCAGGCGGACAGCGGCAGCACCGGUUACGUGGCGGAACCAGACUCAGAGCCUCAUGACUUGAGCGACAUUGUGUUUAUCAGCAUCUGUGUUCUGGCUGUCAUCCUCAUGGUGAUAGCCAUUGUUUGGCUGGUGCUGCUUUAGUGAGCCACACCAACAGGUCCAGGUCACAAAUUUUUAUAUAUAAAAAAAAGGAAUAAAGAAAAAUAAUUACUUUGUAAUGUUAACACUGCUCUAUAAACAAAGUCUUAUGCUUU